AUGAUGGUGGAAUCAGCCUCUGAGACAAUUCGAACAACGCCGUCCAACCAGAACGGAGUCAGCAGCCUCAGCAGCCAAUCAGACGGAGGAGGAGGUAGAGAGGGCGGAUCCAAUGGAGACACCAACGGAGAGAUCAGUCCAGUCGACUUACUGCACCUGCAGCAACAACAGGCGAUCCAGGCAGCCAGACAGUUCCUCCUCCAGCAGGCCUCUGGACUCAACUCCCCUGGCAGCAACGAGGUCAAACAGAACGCUGUGCAGGUCAGAUUGCCCGUCUCCAUGGCUAUGAUGAGUCCGCAGAUGAUCACCCCUCAGCAGAUGCAACAGAUCUUGUCUCCCCCCCAGCUCCAGGCUCUGCUGCAGCAACAGCAGGCUUUGAUGCUACAGCAGUUACAGGAGUACUACAAAAAGCAGCAGGAGCAGUUGCAUAUCCAGCUUCUGACUCAGCAGCAGCAGCAUCAGCAGCAGCAGCAGCAUGCUGGGAAACAAGCAGCGAAAGAGCAGUUAGGCAAUAAGCAGUUGGCCUUCCAGCAGCAGCUGAUCCAGAUGCAGCAGCUUCAACAGCAGCACAUCCUCAACCUCCAGAGACAAGGACUGGUCCCAAUGCAGCCCACCGCUGCCAUGCAGUCUCUGCAGCAAGCGAUGUGUCCGUCAGACCUCCAGCAGCUGUGGAAGGAGGUGUCAGGCGUGCAGAGCAGCGAGGAGGCCCUGAAACAGGCCGAGGGCCUGGACUUGAGCACCAACUCUACCUCAGCCUUCCCCAAAGCUGCCAGCGCUCACAUCCCACUGCACAGCCUGCAAAACGGACAGAGCCACACCCCAAAGAGAGACAGAUCCAGUCAUGAGGAGCAUGCAGGCUCCCAUCCACUUUACGGCCAUGGAGAGUGUAAAUGGCCCGGCUGUGAAGCACUGUGUGAGGACAUGGGACAGUUCAUCAAGCACUUGAACAAUGAGCAUGCCCUGGAUGACCGCAGCACUGCUCAGUGCCGAGUCCAGAUGCAGGUGGUUCAGCAGCUGGAAAUACAGCUGGCGAAAGAGAGUGAGCGACUCCAGGCCAUGAUGACCCACCUGCACAUGCGCCCCUCAGAGCCAAAGCCUUUUAACCAACCUCUGAACCUGGCUUCCAGUGGCUCUCUGUUGAAGCGGGACAGCGAUGCCUACUCAGAGGGCCUUCAGCACCCCCCCACCUCGGCCGCCACCCCCAUCACCCCGCUGCGCCAGGGACCCUCGGUCAUCAGCUCCUCCAGCCUGCACUCACACUCCCACUCCCACACGCACGGUGUCGGGCCCAUACGGAGGCGCAACUCCGACAAGUAUUGCACCCCCAUCGCCUCAGAGCUGGCUCAGAACUGUGAGUUCUACAAGAACGCUGAUGUCAGGCCUCCCUUUACCUACGCCUCUCUUAUACGUCAUGCCAUUCUGGAGUCCCCAGACAGACAGCUGACUCUCAAUGAAAUCUACAACUGGUUUACACGGAAGUUUGCCUACUUCAGGAGAAACACAGCAACAUGGAAGAAUGCUGUGCGCCACAACCUGAGUCUGCACAAGUGUUUUGUUCGUGUUGAGAACGUGAAGGGAGCCGUGUGGACUGUGGAUGAAGUCGAAUACCAAAAGAGGAGACCACCAAAGAUGACCGGAAGUCCCACUCUGGUGAAAAACAUGAUUUCAGGCCUGGGCUUUGGAUCCCUAAACGCUAGCUACCAGGCGGCGCUGGCAGAGAGCAGUCUGUCCCUGCUGAACAGCUCUCCCCUGGUGAGCCCCCCCUCUGCGGCCAGCCUCAACAUGAUGCACGUGGGCCACGACGAUGUCAGUUCCACUGUGGAGCAGGUCAACAGCAACGGCAGCUGCAGCCCCACGCUCAGCCCUCACCAGUACAGCCACCCGGUGCACGUGAAGGAGGAGCCCACUGAUGUGGAUGAGGACGGUCGGCCAGUCUCCCUCAUGGUUGGGGUCACACACAGCAUGCCAUUGCCGAGCGACGAGCGCGAUCUGGAGGAGGAUCUUCCCAACGAGGACCUGGAGUAGGACAGAUCCGGAGGGACGGGACA